UUUUGCAAGGUCACCGCGUAGCAGGCGUGAGACGGAGCGGACCGGGAGAGAAACGGGGAUGAAAGCAGGGGUAUUGGCCGCCCCUACCCCUCCCUCCUGUUCCCCCGCCGGGAUCACUGCGGAAAUUGAAACGCGAGGGCUUAUGGGAGAUUUCAAGCAAAAAGGCGACGAAGCCUCGUUAUGAAGCUCCGCGCACGCCAUUAUUGUCGGCCAUGUUGAAUGAAUCACUUCAUACGUACAAAGCCAAAACGGUCGAAAUUAUGUGAUAUUUAUAGCGCCGUUUGGUCUCUUUUUUCAAGGCACGACAGAACAUAAACUAGAAGAGCUAGUCACCGAACACAGAGAUACUCUUGCUGUUUUGUGAAGUCAUCGUGGGAGCGAAACCCUCGAUUUCCAAGAAUCGAGAGUUUCUUUGCUGGCUAGAGAACAGAAGUUACCCCCUUAUAUUUAGCUCUCUGUGAAGCAUUAUGGUAGAUUGGAGAGAGAAAUAGUUUAUUGAUAAUAUCUGUCCUUGGAAAAUGAAGAUUGACAGAAGUAAACUGCGAAAAACGCAGUCGGACGUGGCUCCUGAGUGCAGGCAACUUAUUCAAAGACUCAAGGAGGCGAGUGACUGCGAACUGAUCUGCAUACUCAAGGACAUCAAUACGUGGUACUACGGAAAGUGUGAGCUUCAACACUGGGUUGAUGUCAUGGACAAAUUUGAUGAUAUCUUGGCAAGUGUUGCUAAACCAGUGAACGGAAGUAGUUGGAUUCUCACUUAUGACAAGUUAGAUCAGCUUGAAGGACCUGACAUAGCGACUGAGCAACGGUGUCUGGUUAAUCAUGUGCUGAGAUUCACUGCUCUGGUGUUGGAGCACUCAUAUACAAGACAUCUCUACAGCUCAUCAGAGCAUCUGGUUUCUCUGUUAGUUGCAAGUGACAUGGAAGUUGUGCUCUCUGUUCUUGGAGUGCUCUAUGUAUUUAGCAAGAGAUCCAGUUUCAUACCACGGUUGCCAGCUGAUAAGAGAAAGGCAAUUCAACAGCGUCUUCAGUGCUUAGGAGAGACAUGGGGAGGUAAGAAUGCAGGGUUCAGUCUUGCUCACUGUUGUCAGGAUUUACCUCUCAAGGAGUUUCCUGCCAGCUGUGCUGAUGUUUACUUUGAGUAUUACAAUGAAAGUGCCAAUACUCCUCAGUCUGACUCACAGCAGGAAAAAACACCAGGCAGUCAACUGUGUUCUGUACAUGUCAAGCAACUUUACCAGUUUUCAGAGAAUCCAGGAGAAGUUAUGGAACAAGUAACAACUUGUUACAAUGUACCGACUGACAAGCAGGUGAAUCUGUUCAGUAGAAUACGAUUGGCCAAACACUUUCCCAUCUAUGAGAAGAGAUUACAGUGUAUCCAGGCUCGACUGCAAGCUAUCUCAGUGUUAUUGUAUUCAAACAGCACACAGGAUGUUGUAAACCCACUGCUAUACCAGGGAUUCAUAGAGGAAACAGUGGAACUGCUUGAGUUCGAUCAGCCUCAGUUCAGUGAUAUUAGAACAGCAGCCAUCCGGACACUUACUGCUCUUGUGCACAUGGAGUGCAGUCCAAGAGUGAACACUGUCAUUGACUGUACAGGGUUAGCAUCUUAUCAUGGAUAUCUACCAACCCUCACGCGAAACUGCAUUCAAGCUCUCACAGAUCCAUUGGCAGAUUCACUACCAUUGCCUUUUGCAACUGGCUUGUUUUCAUUUCUCUACCAUUUGGCAUAUUAUGAAAUUGGUGCUGAAGCUCUGGUCUCUUGUGGCUUAUUAGAAGCUCUUCUCAGAGUAGUGGAACAUCAGGGAGGAGAUAGUCAUCUGACGUUUGUGACAAGAGCCAUUCGCAUCAUGGAGUGGAUUGCCAACAUGGAUCUCUCUGGGUAUCAGAAUCAGAGUGGCCUGACGGCCAUUAUCAACAGACUUGAGAAUCUGAUCGUGAACUACAACAUUUUCAUGAAGCAUUGUUGUUUUAAAACUGUAGUUCAUCAUUUCGUUUUUCCUUAUCCAGGUGCUGAAGCUCUGGUCUCAUGUGGCUUAUUAGAAGCUCUUCUCAGAGUAGUGGAACAUCAGGGAGGAGAUAGUCAUCUGACAUUUGUGACAAGAGCCAUUCGCAUCAUGGAGUGGAUUGCCAACAUGGAUCUCUCUGGGUAUCAGAAUCAGAGUGGACUGACGGCCAUUAUCAACAGACUUGAGCAAGAAAUAAAGAAAUGCCAACCUCAUCAUGGAGCCAUACUGUCCCCAGACCUCCCCUCUGCUCCAUCAAACCAGCAAGAUGGUAUUGCCAUGGAAACCAGUGAAAACCAGGGAGGACAGUCUGAUGCUUCUUCACAGUCACAUCAGUCAGAAGAAGUCCCCAUGGAGACUGAACAGCCUUACAUCAACAAUACAGAAGAUAACAAAAUGGAAGUGGAUGAACAUGAAACAGGAAAAGAAAAGUCACAGGUUGAGCUUGCUGAAGCAGGCCCUAGCUCAUCAGUGAGUCCUGUCAGUAAGAGCCGAUGCUUGCCUCAGCGAGCAGCUCUGAUCAAGGCUGUUCUUAGCUUUUUGAAGAAGUCUAUUCCUGACCCAUCCUUCUCAGAAAGCAUCAGAAAUGUCAUGGAUAGCUCACUUCCAACAUCACUAAAGUACGUUAUCAGCAAUGUGGAGUACUAUGGUCCUGUCCUUUUCAUGGCAGCUAUUGAUGUUGUGACUGUGUAUGUCUUCCAUGAGCCAUCUCUCCUGUCGUCACUCCAAGACAAUGCAGUGAAUGUGAUGGAUAACACUUUCUUUCAGCUGUUACAAGAGGUCUGUGCACUAGGCCGGGACCCAAAGUACAUUGGCUUCAAGAUGGGUGCUAAGCCAGACGGUAGUGAAGUGGACAGUGGUAGUGGAUUAGGACAAGGCUCUGGGCGUGUUGCUCCUGUGACUGAGGAACCAAUGUCUGACGAGGAAGAGGAUGAUGAAGAUAGAUUCAGCUUUACUAGCACUACCAGCACUGCUAAGGUCCUUGCUGAAAAUGACAAGAACAGAGAUAACUCAAAGAAUUCUGAAGAGGAGAAACGGACCUUUAUUCCACUCAUGGACUAUAUCCUGAAUGUGGUUCGGUUUGUUGACUCAAUUCUGAGCAACAAUUCAACUGACGAUCACUGCAGAGAGUUUGUUCGUCUUGGAGGACUCGAACCUCUAAUUAACAUCCUUGGUUUGCCGAACCUGCCUCUCGACUUUGUUUCUUCUCCUGCUUGUCAAUCUGUGUCAGGUGUAUGCAAAUCUAUCCUGAUGCUUUCCCAUGAAGCACAAGUAUUAAAACAAGGUCUGACUCUCCUCAUUGAUGUUCUCACUUCCUUGGAACCCCUCAUUUCAAGAUCAGACGUGUCUCCAUUGUCUAUCCUGUUGCAUGAGGUGGCGUCGUCAGGCCGGCCCCAACAGGCCAUGGCAUCAAUGCAGCUAACUCCACUGUUGCAUGGAAUUGUAGCUGCUCAUGCAUACAUCAGCAUGUUCCUUCAUGUGUGCAAAGUGGGACAGUUUGACAUCCGUACCUUGUGUGUGAAUCACUGGGGUUCAGAUCAGGGAAUCACUGUGCUAAAACAACUCAGUCAGCUUUACAUGUUUCUCAUCUGGGAGACAAUUGUGUUGGAAACCAUAAGCAAGUCAGAAACAUUACCUGAGGAAACAAAGCUGGUUGAAAAAGAUCUAGAGAUGCUGAAAGCAUCAACAUCGGCAAGUCAAGAAGAGCCAUCAGUUCCAGGACAAGCACCUGAAGGCAGCCCGUCAAUAACAGUGACAAAUGACACAGAAGCAAGCAGUGAAACCACCACUUCAAAGUCAAGUCUUCUUCCUGAACAACAAAGAAUUAUAAAACAACUUCUUCAAGCAUCAACUGCUCUCGGCCGUGCCAUGUCAGACCUGUUUGUCCUCCUUGUGAAGCUCAGUGUUGGAUCAGCUCAGCGGCAGCGACGGGCUCCACAUACUGCAGCUACACCUGGUCUUCCUACCCUUCCAGCACGUCAUGUAGCUUUGCAGCUUAGCAAAGUGUUGAAGGAUGCUUUGACUUGGCAAGGCCUUCCCAGUAAUAUUUUAGUGCCCAAACUAAGAUGGCACUUCCACAUGUGCAUUGUUGGUUUUGCUUCUCGCCUGCUGUUUGAUGAAAAGAAGAAUCCUUAUCAUUUGAUGCUGCAACAAUUUGUCAUGUCCGGGGCACACAGCAGCCUUUUCUUGUUGUUAAAACUGGUAUUGAGUCAGGACAGCAAAGCACCCAUGAAUGACAGCAUUAGUCACUCAGGUUUUCCAGCUGGUUCACAGGAAUUGUUGGACUCCUGGUUAACACUGGUCAGCAGAUUGUCCAAUUCUGAAACCCUGAUGGAUUCCCCACACAGCCUUCCUCAAACAUCUACAGCGCCAGGCUUUGUGCCAUUCCACCCCAUCAACUUUCUUGUCGCAACUCAAAAGAAAGCAUUCUCAGCUGUCCAACAGCUCUGGGGACAGAAACUUCCUAAGGAGUAUGGUCCACACAUGGCUGAAUCCAUGCUGGCCAUACUUUACCACAUCAUAAAGGGCGAGGCUGUGAUCAAAGAGAAGCUGGGACCAGCAGCUGAAAGCUCAUCAUCUACAAGUGGCUCCUCUACUGUUGCAGCAGCAAGACCUGCUGAUGAACCUUCACGUGCCCAACCUGAGAUCAACAUGCGGCAUUUACAGCAGUUUAUAGACAUGGGUUUCACUCAUGAACAUGCUAGACUGGCCCUGCUGAGCACAGGCAGCCUUGAGGAGGCUACUGAUUACAUCUUGACUCACCCUCCACCGCCGCCUGCAAGGGAGCUUGGCUUGGAUUAUGACAUGUUAGAAGAAGAUCAAAUGAUGAGGGCCAUAGCAAUGUCGCUAGGACAGGACAUAACAAACACCCCAGCUGAAGAUCAGUCUGCUGUUGCCCCUGCUGUUUCUGGUGCUGUUGUUGACACCACUUCUGCUGCUGCCCCUGCUGCGACAAGCUCUAAAACAAAGAAGGUAGAAGAAACAAUAGAGGAUAAAGAAAAAGACGAAAAAGGUGAUGACAAUGGUGAUGAUUCCACUCCUUUGGAGAAGACCGUGCUAGAUCAGUUUACUGCCGACAUGUUGCAAGGUUGUCUUGAAGUGUUGACUGGCAUGCCAGGAACUGUCUUCAAAGCUUGUGAUGUUCUCUCUGUGGUGGCACAGCGUAAUGGCGAGGAGUGGAAGGAGAGCACAAUGAUGCAUGUUUUAAAACAGCUUACAACGGACAUUGGGGUUGUUUUGAAAUCUUGCACUAACCAAAGUUCUGACACCAAGCAACUUGAGGAGAGUAUGUCACUGCUGAAUUCUACACCUGAAGCUGCCCGCUUGUCUUCUCUUCUACAUCUCACUUGCUUAUUAUUUGAAGAGAAGAAGUUUCAAUGUGAAGCCAUUGUUGAGAAGUUUGGCAUCCUGAACUCAUUACUAGAGCUACUUGAACUGUGCCAGGCAAAUCUCGUACAAAUCAAGUUGAUGGGAAAUACUGCUACUACACCAGUAUGGUUGUCUCCGCUUAUACUGUUCUUGGACACGCACGAGAAAAUGGCAGUCACAACUAAAAGAAAACAACUUCAUGACAAGUGUACUACUCAUGCCUGGAAAUGGUUUGACGACCGAAGUGGUCGCUGGUACAACUACAAUGUCAACAAUAACACAACCAUCGAUGCAGCAUACAGGAAUGGAGAAUCACGAGUCAGAUUUAUGGCAGGAAGGCGGCGUUAUUUAGUGAACUUUUCCACCAUGGUUCAGGUAAAUGAAGACUCGGGUAACAGACGUCCUAUAAUGCUAGAAGCAGUCGACAACCCCAGUAGUGGUGCGUCAACAAGCAGAAGAGACGAAGCAGAGAGUUCUUCAAGCAGCGCCUCUGUUGCUAGCGGUAAAGGAAGCGGAGAAGAUUCUCAGAGUACCUCCCAGGAUAAGCCAAGCAAGAAAGCAAAGAAAGAUAAGCAAGACAGAGAAAGCUCAGAUUCGGCAAAAACUGAGAAGACUGAGGGACGUGUGGUUAUUCACCACUUAAAUGAUGAUCAGAAGGCUCUUGUAAUCAGAUGCUGCACAAGACUUAUUAGUAUUCCUGUCUCCCCAACAACCCUUCAAGCAGUCCUGAAAUUAUGUCUCAGACUCACUCAAGAACACAAGUACGCAGUCCAGUUUGUGGAGCAAGGCGGAGCUCGUGCGCUCCUUUUCCUCACACAAGACUCUGCAGUUGCUGGUUUUACAACACUGGCAACUCUUCUCCUCAGGCAUGUGUUGGAAGACGAAGAGAACUUGAAACACACUAUGGAGAAAGUUGUGCGAUCGUCAGCGACUAGUAGUGUCAGUAGUACAGUCACUGGAGUGAGUCAAAGCUCACCUGGUGCUAAAGAGAUAAAUUAUAUAUUACGAAUUCUAGGACCUGCAGCUUGUCGCAAUGCUGAACUUUUCAAGGAAGUAGCUACAAGCUCGCUACAGUUAGCCAUAACUCCUCAACUAAGACGGACAAUGAUUGAAGGCGGGGAGACAAACAUGCCAUCGAACUAUGCUCAGAUUGUGAAGGCAAGUUUGGCAAAGCCUGCUAAACCUCCCCCAGUGGCAAAACAGGUGCAUGGCGUUGUCUGCGAUCUUUUGAAUGUUUUAUGUGCGUCUGACAGCACGGCAAGGGCAAUGGAUAGAGGAAUCCUUAUGUGCCGCUCAGACAGUCAAAUGCUUGGCGAGCUCGGCCGUGCUUUGGGUCAAGUUGGUGAUCUGCUGGCUGGGUUUAGUGGUCAGGGCGCUCAGCAGAAUCUGACAGCUCGUCAACUACCUGCCUACACAAGACAACUCACUGGAGAGGACGUUGAAGUUGAAGAAAUGGCUCUGGAUUCUUCGCAAAAUAGCAGCCAAGGCAAUUCACAGUCACUAUUAAAAACUGAUGAAAAGAAGGACGAAGUUAAUGCCACAGAAGAAAACAAGGAUUCAACCCCAGAUGUCAAGGCACCUUCCAAGCCUCUCUUACCCAAGUCAGCCAUUCUGAAGCUGUUAGCAGAGCUGGUGAAGUCUUAUGCAGGAGUAGCACAGCUUAUUACAGACUACAGUCAUACUGCCCAGCUGUCUUCAGCAUCAGAGUAUGAAGGACCAGUCCUAGCCUUUAUUCUAGAUCACCUUCUUCCAUCUGGCACACCAACUGACAAUGAAGACACUCCAUCUUUUGCGCGCAUCUUACUUGCAACAAUCGCUACAUGUCACCAGGCACCUGAAGCUCAGCAGGCCCUGGUUGCCGAGAUGAAGGCCUCUCUAGGACGAGCCUUGAGCUUACCAGAGUCAACCGCAAAACACUCCAGGCUACAGGCGAUCUUUACCUUGGUACAAACAAUGAUCGAGACGGGACCUCAAUCUUCGCAACAUGCGGCAGCAGCCGCGGGGGUGCAGCCUAACAAUGUCAUGAAGCUACUACUGAAGAAAGGACUCGUGAACGAUUUAGCUAGAGUUCCACACAGCUUGGAUUUGGCCAGUCCCAAUUUUGUUGCGACCAUCAACUGUCUGCUAAAGCCUAUGGAGAAGCUGUCUGGUGUGGUGAACCAACAGAGUUCCAGUGGUCCGUCCAGUGCUGCUGGUAAAGAUCGAGCUACUGGUGGUGAUCUGCAGACAGCAAGUGGACAGGGGACAGGGACUGGGUCAGAAUCUCAACAGGCCUCGUCAACUGUCCAGACAAGUGAAGGAGCCAGUGGACCAAGAACAGGAGAGAGUCAGGAAUCAACUGAUGCAACACCUAGUCAAGUUGCCGCGCAUGAAGACUCUUUAGCGUCUGAUUCUCAGCGUGAUAAUGCAGCAGCUAGUGGGGAUUCUUGGGGUCUACCUGAAAUCUCUGGCAGGGGGAUCAUUCCAAUGGCCUCAGAAGAGGAACUUGAAGAAUUGCAGGACAUGGUCGACGAAUUGUUGAACUCGGAUAGCAAUGAAGGCCAAGCAGGACAAGAUGUUGACAGUAACAUUGUGGCAGAGCAUGUGACGACCCGUCGCAUGGCGGAUGGACGCGUGGUAGAAGAGACCACCUAUGUUAUUGACCCUCACUCCAGUGACAGUGACAAUAGCUCUUCUGAUGGUGACAGUGGUGGAGAAGAUGUGGGUGAGAACUCUGACGAUGAUGAAGGCGAUCAUGAUGAGAGAGGAGGAGACGACGAAACCAUGGUGAUCACUUUUGAAGACGCGGGUGAUAAUGAUGAUCAUGGUGAUGAUGAUGAUGAGGACGAGGGCGAUGAUGAUGACGAUGACGAUGAUGAAGAAGAAGACGAGGAAGAAGAUGAAAUAAGUUCAGUGAACAGGCCAGAAGGUGGCAUGGGUGUGAGAGAGGCUGGAGUGAUGGAGGAGUCCAGCGGAGUUGAUGUGAUGGAAGAGGAGGGAGAAGAAGACGAAGAUGACCAUGAUGAGGACGAUCAUGAUGAUGAUGAAGACGAAGGCGGCAGUGACAUGGAUGAAGAUGGCGUUGACAUGAUAGGAGAAGAUUCUUUCAGAAUUUUCGAGGAGGAUGCCAUCUACUUGCCUAUGGACGAAGGUUCUGGUCGCCAUCUUGGUUGGAUGAGUGGUCCUCACGGUGGUCGCUUUGCAGGUACAUUUAUGAUGACUGUGUCCCAAGAUGAUGAGCCAGACACCAUUUCUAACAUGGCUCAGCGCCUGUCCCGUGUGCAUGGCCUCCGUAUGACGCCCAGGCACCACACCCAGCAGGCACAGUCGAUUCAUUUGUCGCAUCCUCAAGGUGUGAGUCAACCUCCUGUGCCGGCAGUGAUUCAGAGCCUGCUGGGACCCGAGAGUUCGUCAGAUGGUCUUCAGUUCAGUACAGGUGUGACUCACCGAAGCAGACAUUUGGCUCAAGAUGAGAUCCAGGUGAUUGCAAGGAAUACUGAAGAUGGCGUCACUGAUGAGAUAUUUUUUGAAAAUUUUGGCGAGGGUACUUCAUCCACCGUGCCAUCUGCUUUAAUGCGGUGGGCUGAAGAAGGUCAGAUUCUAGACCCACAGGGCAUUCACUAUUGCAUCGCUGCUGUUAAGCCUGAGAUCCUUCCUGUCCUGCUGAAGCGGCAGGCUGAGGAGAUUGCCAAGGGGAAAGAGGAAGAGCAGAAGAAGAAGGCAGAGGCUCAAGCAAAGGCUGCUGCUUCCAAGAAAGAAGAGGAAGAGAAGAAGAAGAAACAGGAGAGCAAAGAGAGUGGCGUAGAGUCGUCAACAACUUGUGAUGGGCAGGGUACAUCAACAGAAGCAGACGAAGGAGCUUCUGCAGAAGCACAGAAUGAAGGGAUGCAAGUUGAACAGCAACCUACAGAUGCUGCUGUAUCAGAACCUCCCGCAUCUGAGGCAGUUGCCCCAGAGGACACUUCUAUGUUAGUAAGAAUGUACACGGAUGAACCUGCUGAUGAGACCUCGGUUACAUCUGCUGAUGUCGCUGUAGUGAGAACAUCAACCCCUGUUAACGAGAGUGAAGGCAAUUCCUCAUCCACACCCACCACGAUGCCUGCCAUGCCUGCCAGCUCAGUCGUCCAAGAUAUCAUUACUGCAGCCACAAUGGAAGCAGCUAGCCUGAGCGCAGGUGGGGAUGACGAGGUAGGAGCACCAGGCAUUGAAAACCCCCAAGGUUCUAUCAAUGAGGCUGAGAGAACAGAGCAGGAGACUGUACAGCAGGGAAGUGACGGUUCCCCCAUGGCUUUGGAGGAAGAAGGAACUGCUGCUACACCAAGCGCAGGCGUACCAGAACCUUCAGCAGCUGCCAGUGACACUACAACAUCAGCUGGCGAUACAGCAGCUGAGCCUGCUCCAGAUACCGCACAGCCUGGCACUAGUGGAGAAGCCUCAGCCCUAACGAUAGAUGGAAUUCCUAUCCCUGCUGGAGUGGAUCCCUCGUUUCUGGAAGCAUUACCGGAAGCGAUUCGCCGCGAGGUUCUUGCUGAACAGCUUGGACUGCAUCCACCUCCAACUCAGAGAAAUGCCGCUGCGAACGAGAAUGAGGGCACCGCUGACUUGAAUGUGAGCCCAGAAUUUCUGGCUGCCCUCCCCCCUGACGUGCAAGAAGAGGUCCUUCAACAGCAGCGGAUUGAACAAGAGAGAAGACGUAACCAAACAACCACUCCUGAGCAAGCUGUAGAUCCGGGUUCUUUCCUUCGUAACCUGGCCCCUUCCCUGCGACAAACAGUCUUGGCCGACAUUGACGACUCUCUUCUCCCUCUACUACCAACCGACCUGGCCUCCGAAGCACAGACUCUCCGGAGAGAGAUAGAGGCCAGGCACCACAGGCUACUCCAGGAGCGUUUUAACUUUGGAAGUGGAGACAGAGCGUCGGCUAUUUCGGCUCUUUUGCGCCACUCUGCCUUGUCUCGGCAUGGUGGGGGGUCUCAUUUUCCAAGGCUACUUCCCUCCGGGGGAGGGUUAAGUGGUAGGGUGACAGGAUUUUCGAACACUCCACCUUACCUUCCUUCUCCAAACCGCAAGAUCGUCGGACGUCACUUGCUGGAUCACGAGGCUCUGGCGUGCCUCCUGGUCCUUCUUUUCGUGGAAGAACCUCGCCUUAACACCGGACGCUUACACAAGGUGCUCAGAAACCUGUGUUAUCACGACGAAACGCGCUCGUGGCUGAUAAGCGCCAUGAUUACAAUUCUCAGAAGAACUAGCGGGCAACAAUCAGAUGGAUCUUGCCCUUUGCCUAGCAUGGAAAGCGCAUCUCACGCGGAGCCAUCUUCGUCUAAUUCUGAGCCUGAUAGAACAGAGAGUCCGUGCAGGCUUGAUGAAUAUCUGAACACUCAAGAAAGCGCCUCUGAUUCUAAAGCCUCGAAGCAACACUCUUGGCUCUCGUUCGGUGUGCGCACUUCACUAGGUUCACGGACAAAUGUAUUUUGCAUAAAACGGCAAGGGAAGGCUGGACUUGAACGUAGCACACACGUUAGCAUACACCCUCAAGCAUCGCAUUUUGUCUGUAAGCAUGUGCUUGACGCGUUGUUGUUCCUAGCGAAGAGCUUUCCCGCUAGUUUCACUCCGUAUCAGGCGGCAAAACCGCAUCCAUCUUGUAGCAAAGAAGACAAUUCUUCAAGUGAAGCAAAGCCUGUUGCUUCCACAUCUCAGGAGAGUACAGAUUUCUGGGAUAUCCUGCUUAAACUAGAUACCGCUGGUAGUGGAAGAAAAGGAAAGAGUGCGGCCAAAACAAGCUCGAUUCAGUCGCACUUGCCAUCUACAACAGACUCACCUACAGAGGAACUUAAAGACUUUUCCACGGCUCCUAUUGGACAGCUUUUAAUUACACUUGCGCAUCCCGUUGUACAUGAAAGUGUUGUCGUGACAGACAAGCUUUUACGUUUGUUAUCGGUAACAUCAGCUGCUCUCCCGGACAUGCCUGAGAAAUCGAGCAAACAGACCGAAGGCAGCGAAACUACAUCAUCUGAAACGGUUCCUGCUGAAACGCUAGCUCAGACGCCUUCCGCUGAGCCUGUCACGCAGUCUUUAAAUACCAACGAGGCCGUGACAAACGUGAGCGUGACAGUUCCCGAGGAAAACGUGACCACGCAUCACCUGGCAGUUCAUACGCCAGGUUCGGAGACCGAGUCCGUGGCUUCAUCGCUGAUUGUUGAACGAUCUUCGGAAGCAGGAGGCGAACCUCAUGAGGUAGAAUCACUAGACGGGGGAUCUGUGGAUGAACCUCUGUCCCAAUCCACUGAGACCUUGUCCCAUCCAGGCAUGGCAGAGCCGUCCCAUCCAGGGAUGGUUGAGCCUAUGAUAGUGGAGGUGUCUCCACCUGUUGAUCCGCAGUCGCAGGCUUGCAAUGAAGAUAGCUCUUUGUUGACAACUGCAGCGUCAACGGCGACGAAAGAAAUCCCAGAACAGAAAGCCUCCAUGGUCAAAGAAAGCCAUUUGCGGCUGGUUGUAAACGUUCUCACGUCUGGUAUGUGCUCAGAAGAAGGACUCGAGGACGCUACUACGCUUCUACUACAAGUCUCUCGCCUGAACCCGCAGACGCGGGACAGUGUACUACAGCUGCUGCUUGAGGGCGCUCGCAGGAUUGGGGAGACGUUACAACAGAAUAUCGCUGUGCUGUUGAGUGAACUGAUAGAACACAAUAGAAAUGCACCUCAAAAGGACGAACCGGAACUGAAAAAAGGUAAAAGACCAGCCUCGCUUGUGCUCCCCACAGCUCCUCGGAGGCCGACAAGGGGCGGACACCAAGGUGGUUGGGCGACCAUGCCUGGCGGCACGAGGGCGAGAAGACAACAGCAAAACAGACAAGUACGGUACGAUCUUCACUUGCCGUCCAUGCCUACUCUGACGUGCAAGACCUCCAGCCAGGCGCUACUGCUUAGGGUACUCAAGGUCAUUCUGCAGCUCAGGGAAGCAGCUCGUAAGUCUGCUUCUGGAGCGACAUCGUCAAGGACAAGAACAUCGCAGAGAAGAGUUACGGACGAGAGUUCCGUGGUGCAGCGGCUUGUCCAGGGGUCACGUGGUCUGGGUGCUGUGAUCGCGGCAAUAGAGAGCGAAGCAGAAGCCAUCUUUGAAGCCUUCUCACACAUGCGCGCCUUGCGCUCUGAUCACCAAGGGGAUCAUGGGAGAGCUAGUGGUCAGCGGAAUGAACCGGCGCCUCAAGGAGAUGGCGGUCACGACAGAAACAGACCUGAGGGAGGUGGGCAGGAGGGAGGAAGCUCCCAGCAAGGUGCGUCUACAUCAGGGACUGCAAACGAGCCUGAGUUGCCUCUGCUGAGUGAGCAGAUCACCCUGGAGGAGCUGUGGGACACGUUAGGAGAGUGUCUGUCUGAGCUGGGUAGGACAUCUGAUAGUCACGCUGUACUGGUGCUGCAGCCCGCUGUGGAGGCGUUUUUUCUUGUCCAUGGCACUGAAAAGCAGCAGGAAAGCAGCUCAACUCAAAACCAAGGCGAACAGCCGCGCUCUGGACAUCGGCUAUCCUCAGUGAGCUCAGAAAUUAUGCCAGCAUCUCCCGGGCCUCUCUCUCCAGGCCCUUUGAGUCCCAGCAGGCAGAUGUCAGUCACAUCUGUGACGUCAGACCUGCCAUCUGACACGCAAAAGUUUCUACGAUUCGCUGAAAAGCACCGAACCGUUUUGAACCAGAUUCUCCGCCAGUCCACCGUCCACCUCGCUGACGGACCGUUCGCGGUCCUCGUGGAUCACACGCGCGUUCUCGACUUUGACGUAAAACGUCGGUUCUUCCGACAAGAGCUCGAACGACUCGACGAAGGAAUCCGACGAGACGACCUCACGAUUCACGUACGACGCGAACACGUGUUCGAAGAUUCGUACCGCGAACUCCAUCGGCGUUCUUCGGAGGAGAUGAAGUGCCGCUUGUACGUCGUAUUCGAAGGCGAAGAGGGGCAAGAUGCCGGGGGAUUACUCCGGGAGUGGUUCGUGAUCAUGUCCCGGGAGAUGUUUAAUCCUAACUACGCUCUAUUUACCACUUCCCCAGGGGACCGGGUCACGUACCAACCCAACCCCAGCUCCAACUGUAACUCCAACCACUUGAGUUACUUUAAAUUCGUGGGCAGGAUCGUAGCCAAGGCGAUUUAUGACAACAAGCUUCUGGACUGUUUCUUUACUCGCUCCUUCUAUAAGCACAUCUUGGGCAAGGCUGUGCACUUCACAGAUCUGGAGUCGUUCGACUAUGCGUUUUAUCAGGGCCUGCAGUAUCUGCUGGAACACGACUUGAGUGAGAUCGACAUGGAGCUCACAUUCAGCACAGAGGUGCAAGAAUUCGGUUUGUCAGAAAUCCGUGAUUUGAAAAAGGAUGGCCGGAACAUUCCCGUCACAGAAGAGAACAAGAAGGAGUAUGUGAAGCUUGUGUGCCAGAUGAAAAUGACAGGAGCGAUAACAAAACAGAUCGAGUCAUUCUUGGCAGGAUUUUACGAUAUCAUUCCCAAGCGGUUGAUUUCAAUCUUUGACGAGCAAGAGCUAGAGUUGUUGAUUUCUGGACUACCUAACAUCGACUUGGAUGACUUGAAAGCCAACACGGAGUAUCAUAAGUACACCGAGGGCUCAUUACAGAUCCAAUGGUUUUGGAGGGCUUUGCGUUCAUUCGACCAGGCAGACCGCGCUAAAUUUCUUCAGUUCGUCACGGGUACGAGCAAGGUUCCCUUACAAGGAUUCGCCGCCCUGGAGGGAAUGAAUGGAUUUCAGAAAUUUCAGAUCCACCGUGAUGACAGAUCCACGGACAGACUGCCUUCAGCGCACACGUGUUUUAACCAGCUUGAUCUUCCUGCGUACGAAACAUACGACAAGCUGCGCUCUAUGCUGAACAAGGCAGUGGAUGAGUGCCCUGAAGGAUUUGGCCUGGCUUGAAACUAUGACCACAAGAUUUACACACGGGGAUCAAGAACGCAAAACGACGAAACAUUAAAAAGACAACAACAUGAAAAUGAGCCAAAGACACUUAAUUACUGUUUGCUGUUAGGACAGGAAGUGUCAACCGUACGACAAUAGGACUAAAUUAAAAGGAAUUUUCUAAGGACUAAGUCGCGGUUAUCCAGCGACUUGGUCUGUGUGGAUUGGAGUGGAUCGCUGGACCGCUGGAUCGUGCAUGUUACUCAUUUGGUUAAAAGUGUGCAGAAGCGUAAUUUGCUUCAUUUGAGAAAAGUGACUACUGUCGUAAUUUAGGGAGGAACUGUGUCACGCGAGUGUUGUCACGUAAGUGUGGCGUCACGUAAGGAUAUUUCGAUACAGCCAUUUUCCUACCCAAAAUCGCUGGUGUGUGCUGCGCUUUAACACUUGUUGCUGUUGUCUGAUUGAGCAAUAAAACAUUGUUUUCUUAUUAAAGUAGCGAAGAACAGAUGAAUGGACACCGCUUAUUUAGAAAUUGGUGCACGGUUUGGAGCUUCACUCGUGAAAUAAUGGCAGAGUUCUCGAGUGACCGACAAGAUAUCACGUAACAGUUAUGUUAAAAAAGCGAUCUUUGAACAUUUUGAGUAAACCUAGUUGUCAGUCUUAGAAAACCUCGCCUCGGCUGACAUGUUUAAUUAAAACAGAUUUUGAAACAAUUAAACGGCAUACAUUUCCAUUU